UCAAUAAGAACUCGCGGUGGCAGCUGGGACGUCGGCGGACUGUGUGUCUGCGCUGAGGGAAGGUGCAUGUCCCCAGUGUCCGCUCCGCUCGCCCGACAAGGAAUGCGCCUUGCGAAGUCGCUGGGAGGUGUAACAAUUGCUAAAGCUCCAGCGGAGACUGUGGUGUCAAAGGAGUCAUGGUUUGGCGUCGCUCUUCCUGUUCUCAUCCAAGCGCGCGAGCCUGAUUCAUUGAGCUAGCUGCCGUUAGCCCGCUCCGUUGAUUCAUCGCGCGCUAGCCUGCUAGCUGCAGUGUGCGGUUGACCGGGAGACGAGCUCGACUGACUGAGAAGCACAGCCGGUGUUUGGGAAACGAGGUGGUGGCGGCGGCAGGCGGGGGGCCGGGAGAACGAAACGGGGUGGAAGUGAGUCAGGAGCGGCUGAUGAGUUCAGACCAGAGCGGAGAGCCACCGCUGCUGCAGGAGGAGGCUGAUCCCGGACCGAAGAGCGGUGGGAAGGACGAGGCUCCGCUGGGGAACGAGGGAGGGUCAGGCGGCAUGGUCACCUCGAACGGUGCCGGUUUGAACCCAAAUGCCAAGGUGUGGCAGGAGAUCCCCGUGGCCCCCAGCGAGGCUGUUUCCAGUCCUCAUUGGCCUCCCUCAGACAUCAGUUAUUCGGAGCCAUCGUCGGCCGGUUGUAAGCAGUACACUGUGGGGUUUACCGCCCUGGGUGACGGCGGCUCCACAGCAACAGCUGAGAUAGCGGUGAACGGGAUGGACCCUCAAGAGCUGGGCUUUUCCCCCGCCGAGUCCACGACGGGGAGCUCUGAUGGUAAAACUGAAGAACAGGUCUCCUCUGAGAAUCUACGAGAGUCUCUGAAGAAAGAGCUGGAGUUUUAUUUCUCAAGAGAAAACCUCUCCAAGGACCUAUACCUCAUGUCUCAGAUGGACAGCGACCAGUUCGUCCCCAUUUGGACAAUAGCCAGCAUGGAGGGCAUAAAGGCCCUCACCACCGACAUGGAGCUCAUCCUGGAUGUGUUGAGAUCUUCUCCGAUGGUACAAGUGGACGAGAAGGGCGAAAAGGUGCGACCCAAUCACAAGCGAUGCAUCAUCAUCUUGAGAGAGGUCCCUGAAACCACACCUGUAGAGGAAGUCGAGUCACUGUUUAAAAACGACAACUGUCCGAAGGUGAUAAGUGUCGAGUUUGCGCACAACAACAACUGGUACGUCACGUUCCAGUCGGACACAGAUGCUCAGCAGGCUUACAAGUAUUUAAGGGAAGAAGUCAAAACAUUUCAGGGAAAACCCAUCAUGGCGAGGAUAAAGGCCAUCAACACGUUUUUUGCAAAGAAUGGUUACCGUAGCAUGGACAGCAGCUUAUACGCUCAGCAGUCCCAGAACCAGUCCCAGUACAGCUCUCCACUGUACAUGCAGCACGUCUACCCCCAGCAGCAGUACCCCGUCUACAGCAUCGUACCUCCAACCUGGACACCUUCACCCACACCCUACUUUGAAACUCCUCUGGCUCCGUUUCCCAACACCAGCUUUGUGAAUGGAUUUGGCUCGGCGGGACACUACAAAGGUGGCUCCACCGCUCUUAACCUAACUCGCCCAUUCAACAGAAACCGUGUCCCUCUGUAUUCAAGAAAGAAUGUAAUAAAUGCCUUCAGAAACCACGUAAAGCCCCAAGUCAGGACAAGCGAGGUGGUGACGGCAGCCUCCAUAACGCCCGUUCCACUGGAGAGUCUGACUGGGCUGCGCAGCCCACAGCCUCCCUCCGUCGGUGCCCCCACCACCAACCCUAGUCAGACGACCGUGGACAUUUCUUCAGCCUUCUCGCAGCUCUCCUCCUCCUCACAUCUGGAUCCUAGCGACGACAGCAGCAUGGCUGGACGCGGAAGACGGAGCACGACGUACAGAGGAACACGGAGGAGGCGAGAAGAUGAACGGACCGCGAGGCCCGUCCCCUUGGCUGAGGUGAAGGUGUCUCCGCCAAAGUUUGACCUGGCUGCCACCAACUUCCCGCCUCUUCCCGGCUGUGGGGUCAGCACGCAAGGGGAGCCCGUGCUGGAAAACCGAAUGUCCGAUGUCGUGCGUGGUUUGUACAAGACGGAGCAAACCAACAAAGACGCCACUGUGAAUCCAGGAACGGGCCAGACCCAAACCCAGGCCACAGAGGAGGCUGUGGCUGUCUCCAGUCCUGCCCUAACCGCCCCAAAACCCCUUUCUCAACCACUUGCUUCUCUGGCUUCUCGUAUAACCCAUCAGGAGAAGAGAGUGGAGCGGUCUGAACCCCCAGCGUCCAAAGCAGCCCAGUGCACACCAGUUCCAACGACUGUGAACUCCUCCUCUUCUUCCUCCUCUUCCUCCUCACAGCCCACGUCUACGUCACGACUUCAACCCUCGGUUGCUUCCACGCCCGUGACCCCCAGCACACCCGCCCCUUCUACAGCCACUAUUACCGCUCCAGCACAGGAACCCCGUAAACUCAGCUACGCCGAAGUGUGCCAACGGCCACCCAAGGACCCUCCCCCUGCUCCCCCCGCGGCCCCUGCCCAGGCUCCCUCCGGCACGGCGUCUGGCCAGCCGUUACGUGAGCUGCGCGUGAACAAGGCCGAGGAGCUGGGCUCCAGCGCCAGCCCCGGGGACAAGCAGGAGAGAGGCCACGACAAGGAGGGGGGGUGGGAAUGCAAAGAGAGCCGACCGCCGCGUGAGCGUGACUCUCAAGGUUACUAUCGCAGCAACGGGCCCAGAGGCACAGGGGGGCUCAAGUUCCGGGACCAACGGCGCCCGCCCCCGGCUCGACGAGGCUCCCCUCAGGGAGGCUACCGGCACGCCGGCAAAGAGCAGAACAUACCACCAGUAUCGCCAAAGUAAAAACUUGAUAUGACUAGAAAAAAUUAUGUAUGAAUAUAUAUAUAUAUACAUGGAUAUAUAUAUAAAUAUAUAUGAAAUUAUAUAAAGAUAAAUAAAAUAAAAGCAACAACUUUAUGGUAGCCACCUUUUUCCCGCUGAAGACUGUCCAAAGAAAGGCUUUGAAAAUGACUAACACCCAGGACUUGAGGGCAAAGUGACGCCUGAUGAACUUCCAUGAGGAGUUCAAAAAGGAACACAAGUGUUGUUUGGGCCUCCGGCGUUAAGCUUAACACCAUUUAAGUGCGAUUCAUCUGGAGGCCGUGCUUUUGCUCUGCUUGGGGAAGGUGGGAUGCUGGGCCUCGUAAAUGGCCCUCUACCUAAUUUUUUUUUUUUUUUUUUUGAAAAAAUAGAUGUUUGUCUGCAAGAACAAUAUGCACUAAGACAAAAACAACAUGCAUAUAUGUCAUGUACAUAUACAAAGAUAUCACUAACGCAAAGAGACAUCAGUUUUGGGCUUUCUUUUUUUUUUUUUUCUUCUUUUUUUUAUGUCCCCCUUGUGUGCUUAGGUUUGCAGGUGUGACUGAAGGGUUGGCUGAUGUCUACAUAUGCGUUGAUUGUUGAGCAAAAAUGAUUGAAGUGCUUGAGUCGCACUGAUGUAAUGAAACGGAUAACUUGAUUUCUACUGCAGAGAUUCUGAAUCAUUGUCCAGAGAACGGACGGCGUGUUCUUCUUCUAAUGUAUAUUAACGAAACGCGUUCAGCAGCGGUUAUUGGGGUUCUAAUUUAGGAUCGGAUUCAGAAACGGUUCACGUACCGCGGGUCGUCUGUGUGCUUUUUUUGUUUGAAGUCGAAAUACAAGUCGAGGCCCGCUGGCCUGAACCCGCAACGCCUGGUCCAAAGUUUUUUCAUGUACGUUUUUUUUUUCCUUUUCAUCAGAACUAUUUUGGGUCGAUCCACUGCAAUGAAUUCAGAACUUUGUCACCAUUGAUAAUCAGUCAGGUUCUCUGUUUACAUGUUUAUUUGGGUGGGGGGGGGGGGGGGGUUCCUGAGAGAAAUCCUAUAUGUUGAUGGUAAGAUUUGACUGUUAAGUGUGCCUGGUGGUUCAGGAGAGGUUUGGCUUUUCUACAUUAUCACAGGAUAUUCAGGUUAAGCUUAAUCUGUGAAUUGUUCCUAAUAGUGACAAAGCUUAAAAAAAACAAAAAAAACAAGACUGAGGAGUGCUGUUAGUUAGGGACGAUAGCUACACAAUAUCUGGCAGCCAAGUUGUGGAAAAUAAGAGCAUUUGUCCCAUUGCGAUGUGCCAGCUGCCUGCGAUCAUAGUUCUAGGAUAUUUUUUUGAUUUUUAUUGAUGAGAUGCGCUAAAUAAAUUUAGCUUGGGGAAUUUUUUAUUUUUAUUUUAAAUUUUUUUUUUUUGGCUCAGUGAAACUGGAUUCUUGAAGCUGUAGAGGUGUUAGUUGCCUUUGCUCUAUUGUUAACCCUUCACUAGAGAUGUGUGUGGGAGAAUGUAAUUAUUUCUAGUACUAAAUUUGAAGAGAGGCGUUUUGACAGGCAGGUAUCUUAUCAGAUUGUUUUUGUGCUUUAGGGUGAGUUUGCAGGUUUGUUUCUUCUUUUUUUUUUGUAAUUUUUGAAAAACAGGUUGACUUAGAACAUGAAGUUUGACUCACUGUAUGUAUUGCUUUUUAAAUGUAUUUAUUUUAAUUUUAAUGCACAACGCUUUUCUCCCAAUCUUGGUAGGCUGGUUUCCCCAAAGUUGUGUGAAAUUGUAUUCUCAAAAUAAAAUCAAGCAAAUGACAUUUGUAAACUGAUCGGGAUGUCAGCUGAGGGAAACAUACCUGAUGCAUUUACUUUGGGUUUGGUGAUGCAGUAAACGAGUAUCCAAUCACUGGGGCUGUUAUUUUUAGUUUAUUUAGUUUUUCUUACCGAGUAUGAGCAGCUAGUGAUUUAGUAUAAUUAAAGAAAUGCACUAACUUGUUUUUAAAAAGAAUCAUACUCAUGAGUAAUGUGAAAUAAUUUUUAGAAGCAUAUGGUUGUUAUUGACAGGCUUGCAAAUAUCUACAGGAAUUGCUUUCCCCCUCUGCAAUAUUUUUUUUUUUUUUUUUUUUUUUUUUUGGUUUGUUUUUUUAAUUUGGGUUGGGGUGACGACAGGAAAUGUAGAAAUCGAUCAACCAAGUGUUUGAGACACAAUCUUAGAACUGUAUGAAAUGUCACCAAAAAUAAAUUAUUUUGAUUUGGCUCUCCA